AUGCCGGCUCAAUCGCCGUACCCGCCAUUAGAGAUUCCAAAUAUCGAUGUAUGGACUCUUCUUUUCGAGAAUAAGUGGGAGCCUUUCCCUGAUGAUCAAGUGAUGCUCGAGGAUGCCGAUACCCUCCGCUCAUACACCUAUUCCCAAGUGAAGUCCACCGCCCUGGACUUUGGAAUAGGUCUAAAGGCCAAUUGGGAUUGGCAAAAGGGCGACGUCUUAGCCAUCAUCUCCCCCAACAACAUCGACAUGCCCCCCGUGAUGUGGGGAGCCCAUUGGGCUGGCGGUGUCGUCUCCCCAGCAAACCCGACUUAUACCGUGGAUGAAUUGGCCUUCCAGCUCAAGGGGACAAACGCCAAAGCGCUCGUUACUCAAAUGGCGCUCCUGCCCACUGCCACCGCCGCCGCGAAACUGGCCGGGAUUCCUGACAGCCGUAUCAUCCUGCUGGGCGAUGCGCGGGACCCGAGUGCGAAGUUUAAACAUUUCACCUCAGUGCGGAAUAUAUCGAAAGCCACGAGAUAUCGCAAGACGCGCAUCGAUCCAGCGAAGGACCUGGCCUUUCUGUGUUUUAGUUCGGGGACGACCGGUGUGCCCAAGGGCGUUAUGCUGUCGCAUCGCAAUAUCGUUUCGAAUAUCCUACAGUUUACUGCUGGAGAGCUGGGAAACCUGAGCUGGGAUAGAGAUAAAGUGUUGGCUUUUCUACCAUUCUUCCACAUAUACGUAAUGUCCAAAUUCGACAUCGAAAAAUGGUGCGCCCACGUCCAGAAGUUCCGCAUCACCUUCUCCUACAUCGUACCCCCCGUCGUCGUCCUCCUCGCAAAACACCCCGUCGUCGACAAGUACAACCUCUCCUCCCUGAGACUUCUGAACUGCGGUGCAGCGCCGCUCAGUCGUGAACUCGUCGAAGCCAUGUCCACCCGCAUCAAGACGGGUGUCAAGCAGGGCUACGGUCUCAGCGAGACGAGCCCCACAACCCAUACGCAAACAUGGGCGGAUUGGGACAAAUACAUCGGCUCAGUUGGCCGCUUGCUACCGAAUCAGGAAAUCAAGUAUAUGACUUCGCCCGACGAUGGCUGCGAGCCUGUCGAGCUGCCCAUUGGGCAAACAGGAGAGAUCUAUAUCCGUGGCCCCAACGUCUUUCUUGGAUACUUGAACAACCCAGAGGCGACGGCGCAGUGUCUUUCCGCCGAUGGCUGGUUCCGCACCGGCGAUGUUGGACAUCAGGACGAGCAUGGUAAUCUAUACAUAACCGAUCGCGUCAAGGAGCUCAUCAAAUACAAGGGGUUCCAGGUUGCCCCGGCGGAGCUUGAGGGUAUUCUCAUGGAGAACGAGGCGAUCGAUGACGCUGCGGUCAUUGGAGUUGAGAGCGAAGAGCAUGGUUCUGAGGUACCGCGCGCCUACGUUGUGUUGAAAGACAAAGCUGCGGGGCCCGCGGCAGAGAAGGCGGAAGCGGAGAAGAUCAUGAAUUGGCUUGCGGGUAAGGUGGCUCCUCAUAAACGGCUGCGCGGAGGGGUGAGGUUCAUCGACGAGAUUCCUAAAAGCCCCAGUGGGAAGAUUUUGAGACGUACACUGAAGGAACGGGCGGAAAAGGAGAAUGCUGAUGGUCGGAUGAAGGCCAAACUGUAG